CCCCUCCCCUGGGUGCGCGCGCAGCCUGGGCGCCAUGGCGGCGGCGGCAGGCCCGCGGCCUGAAGCGGCGAGUCCGGAGUGGCCGCCACGGCAUCACGACCCGGCCGAGGCUGCGGCGGGGCUGGGCGACUGCGAGGACGCGCCGGUCCGGCCGCUGUGCAAGCCCCGCGGCAUCUGCUCGCGCGCCUACUUCCUGGUGCUGAUGGUGUUCGUCCACCUGUACCUGGGAAACGUGCUGGCGCCUCUCUUCGUGCACUACAGCAACGGCGACGAGAGCAGCGACCCCGGACCCCAGCGCCGCGCCCAGGGCCCCGGGCCCGCGCCCACCUUGGCUCCCCUCACCCGGCUGGAGGGCAUCAAGGUGGGGCAUGAGCGCAAGAUCCAGCUGGUCGCCGACAGGGAUCACUUCAUCCGAACCCUCAGUCUCAAGCCGCUGCUCUUCGAGAUCCCCGGCUUCCUGAGCGAUGAGGAGUGUCGGCUCGUCAUCCACCUGGCGCAGAUGAAGGGGCUGCAGCGCAGCCAGAUCCUGCCCACCGAGGAGUACGAGGAAGCGAUGGGCACAAUGCAGAUCAGCCCGCUGGACCUCUUCCAGCUGCUGGAUCAGAACCACGAUGGCCGCCUGCAGCUGCGUGAGGUCCUGGCCCAGAACCGCCUGGGGAAUGGACGGUGGAUGACUCCAGAGAACAUUCAGGAGAUGUACUCUGCCAUCAAGGCUGACCCUGACGGGGAUGGAGUGCUGAGCCUGCAGGAGUUCUCCAACAUGGACCUUCGCGACUUCCACAAGUACAUGAGGAGCCAUAGGGCGGAGUCCAGCCAGCUGGUGCGGAACAGCCAUCACACGUGGCUCUACCAGGGCGAAGGCGCCCACCACGUCAUGCGCGCCAUCCGCCAGAGGGUGCUGCGCCUCACCCGCCUGUCACCCGAGAUCGUGGAGCUCAGCGAGCCGCUUCAGGUCGUGCGGUAUGGCGAGGGAGGCCACUACCAUGCCCAUGUGGACAGUGGGCCUGUGUACCCAGAGACCAUCUGCUCCCACACCAAGCUGGUAGCCAAUGAAUCUGUACCCUUCGAGACCUCCUGCCGCUACAUGACAGUGCUGUUUUAUUUGAACAACGUCACCGGUGGGGGCGAGACUGUCUUCCCUGUAGCAGACAACAGAACCUAUGAUGAAAUGAGUCUGAUUCAAGAUGAUGUUGACCUCCGUGACACUCGGAGGCACUGUGACAAGGGGAACCUGCGUGUCAAGCCCCGCCAGGGCACAGCUGUCUUCUGGUACAACUACCUGCCUGAUGGGCAAGGUUGGGUGGGCGACGUGGACGACUACUCGCUGCACGGGGGCUGCCUGGUCACGCGCGGCACUAAGUGGAUCGCCAACAACUGGAUCAACGUGGACCCCAGCCGGGCGCGGCAGGCGCUGUUCCAGCAGGAGAUGGCUCGCCUGGCCCGCGAAGGUGGCGUCGACUCCCAGCCAGAGUGGGCCUUGGACCGGGCCUACCGCGACACGCGCGUGGAACUCUGAGGGGUGACCAUCCCAGUCUCCAGCCGCAGGUCACCCUAAGUCUGGGGCCCUGCCGUCCCCCUGUCCAGCUGCAGGCUGAAGGCCUGGCCGAUGUCUAGCCCCACCCCCGCAUCAUGCCGCGAUUAGGGCACAGUCCCUACAUCCAUGUUAUUUAUUGUGUACAGACCCGUGAUUCCCGGACAAAUAAAACUACGCGGCGUUGGAGCGGGGCCGA